AUGCCAAAGCCCAAAAAGAUCGACCCAAAAGUCCAAGCGCGUACAGCACCCAAUCCCCCCACCAUCCCCAACUGGCCACCCCUCCGCCCCCUCCUUCCCACGGCAGACCUCAGUCUCGUCUCCCUCGUCCCGGACCAGAUCUAUAUAAUCCAGAACUUUCUGGCAAACUCCUUGUGCAAAACCUAUGCCUCGUUUCUCGCGUCACUGCCGUUGACCACAACACCCGGGAAACCGAAGAAGGGUGAGGCAGUGCGCGUAAACGAUCGGUUCCAGGUGCAGGAUGCGCGGUUUGCGGAGAUGCUAUGGAGUGGGACUGCGCUGAAGGAAUUGGUCACGGCGAGAUUUGCUGAGGAUAAGGAGGUAUAUAAUGAGGAUGGGGAAUAUGAGUCUCUAUCUACAGAGGACUUGGCGAAAAGGGCGAAGGAGGUCUGGGGUGGGGAGCCACUGGGGUUGAAUCCGAAUAUACGGAUUUAUCGAUAUUCGCCGGGGCAGUUCUUUGCUCAGCAUUACGAUGAAUCUAAUUCGUUGACUUUCUUGCCUCAAUCCGCUACGAAAGCUUCCCCCGCUCGUACUACAUGGACUCUUCUGAUUUAUCUCACGACCUGCUCCGGUGGGGAGACGGUCUUUUAUCCCGAACCGACACGCGCGGACCGGAACCCAGAGCCGAUAUCUGUGGCACCGGAAGUAGGGAUGGCGCUCUUACAUCGACAUGGGGACCAUUGUAUGCUGCACGAGGGCAUGGAGGUGACAAGUGGGGAGAAGUGGGUGCUGCGGAGUGACCUGGUUGUUGCUCGAUGA